CGAAUUCAAACAUUCACAGCUAAUCUCUAAGCGAAUUUCACAAUUGUCUGGAAGCAUAUAUUCAAAUAGUUGCAAGACUACCGGAUCUUUGAAAAAAUAUUUUCCUGCAUCAGUUAAUUUCACAUUUUUGCGCAAGAAAACUACAACUCGUAUUGACAUACCAGAACUAACGGAAUAACAAAUUUUAAUAUCAAUUUUAUUACUGGAUUAUUACUGGCUUUUUACUAGAUUAUUACUGGAUUUGUGCAAAACUAUUGAAGGCAUUAGCCAAUAUGUUGAGCGCACGGCCAUUUUUUGUUACUGAUAACAACAGUAUCAGCAUUGUUCCUAGACUUUCUAGUAUAACCAAAAAGCCAGUCCAAGAAGAUAUUCAAAUAAUAUAUGAUGAAUUGUAUUCCGCCGCAUGCGAUCUUAAAGCUAUGCAGAUGCGCAGUUCGGUUCUUACUCAACUAAUUGGCACGGAAUUCAAGGCUUUGCGUUCUGAAAUCGUGAAGAAAGCGGAAAAAAUUCUGUUGAAAGGUAAUGAUGAGGUUGGUAGAGUUGUUUACGAGAUUAUGUGGCGGAAGGGAUACUACGAGGUAAUAAUGGUAACAAAAAACUACUGGCAAUGCAUGUCAAGAGCUGGUGAGCCAGAUCAAGUACAUUCACUUUUAUCUAAGAUCGCAUGGCACCUUGAAAGUGGACUUGUUCACUACAAGCAACUAAUAAUAACAUUGAAUGAGGUUUUUGAUUUAAAUUUAAAUAAUCUUAUGGAAGACUUAUCUCUAAGUGAUAUUCUUUAUUUUGACGAAAAAUUUUUUGAGUUUUAUCAUGCUGCCGAUAUAAACUUAUCAAAUGUUUUGAUUGAUUGUAAUGCGGAUAAUAGAUGUUAUGGUUAUAAUAUGAUCCAUUCGGCACUUAUGAGUUUGGGUGACUUACAUCGGUACUAUUCUGAUUUUAAUCUUGAAACUGAAAAUUAUGUACAUAAAAGGAAAUCUGUUUUGCACUAUAUGGAAGCCUUUCUUUUAAACCCUUAUAUCGGCAGAGCUCAAAAUCAGUUGGGUUUGUUAUGUUUUGGAAAAAAUAAAGAUUUGGAUGCCAUCUAUCAUUUCAUUCAUUCUUUAACAUGUAGAGUACCCUUUGAUUUUAGUGAGACAAAUAUAUUAAAAAUUAUUGCAAGUCGUGCUGGUGUAACGGAAGCCAAUCAAGGAUGUGACGAUUCUAAAGUCAAAAACUUCUACACACGAUUUUUUGAGGUUGUUAACAUAUAUUUUUUUGGAAAAAGUUGCGAUAACUUUAGUUUACUAUGUGAAGGUGUGCUAAUGGACUUCCGCACACUACUUCGUAUGGAUAAAUCGUGUUUCACCGAGACUGAUAUUUUCAAAAUUACUGCAAUUCUUCUCUUCUGUUUAUCAAAGUUAAAAAUGAUCAGAUCUCCAGCAAUCACUUCAUUGACUAUGUUUAUAAUGAAAAUAUGUGAGGAGCUUGUAUGUGCAUGUCUGUCAAGCUUGGAUGAUACAUUAGAAAAAAAGUAUACUGAAAUUGAGACAUUUAAAAUAAUGUAUGCUAAAAGUUAUGAAGAGAAAAAUGUAGAUUUAAAUGAUAAGAAUGUUACUCUCCCAAAUGAAAAUCCAAGAAAUUCACAACAUUGUUCUCCAUUUGCCACGCGUAAGUUUGCAUAUAACUUUGACCGUGAAAAUUGUUCUUUGAGCUGUAGCUCUUCCACUGAAGAAGAAGCUCUUCUAAGUGAAGACAGAGAGCGUUUAAAUAAUAGAAUUUUGGAUUUAAAUGAUUCUCUUACUAAUACUAAUAACGUAAUUGAGGAACAAGAAAUUUUCAAGUCAGCGCCACGACGUAAAAGAGUUAGCCGUCGUAGAAAGAAAUAUAAGCCAUCUCGUCUAAAUUCCCAACAUAGCGAUGGAAGAGUAGACUUUUCAACAUCAAGUGAAAGUAACAGCGAAUUUUAUACUGAUUCUGCUGAUUCAGAUAUAAAUGCAUGUUACAUUGAAACCAGCAGUGAUAGUUCUGAGUGCAUAUCAACAAGUAAUAAGUCUAACAGUAAUAAGUCUAACAGUUAUAUUUUAAUUUCUAACCGUUCUAAUGUCGAAACGGAGGAAGAAUCUCCAAACACUGAUGAAGAUUCGAGUGAUGAUAUUAAUGGUGAUAAUAAUGAACUUGAUAUGCAUGAGAAUUCAUUGCAUGCAAUGGAUUCUAUACUCAGUUCUAAAACAAAACAAAUUGAUGAAGAAUCCAAACAAAGUGAUUCCUCAUCUAAAUCAUCUUUGUCCGAUUCUCAGUCCAUGGAAGCAGAGUCAUUAUCAGACAUAUGCACUACUGAUUCGGUGCUAUCUUCUGAUACUGAUGAUUUCCAACGAAAAUCGAAUGAAGCAGAUGUCGCUGUUCAGCAAAGCUCGCAACAAGAUAAAACACAAUUUUUAAUCGGUAAAUACAAUAAGAAUAAUCCAAACACAACUAUUGAAUUUGCUAUGAAAAACCCAAUGUUACUCGCAUUAAAAAUUCUAAUGGCUUGGUUAAAUAAAAAUCAUGACGUUCUUUAUGACUGUUGCGAUCGUAUCCCGGAACUUACGAAUAAACUGAUGAAAUUAUCUGAUUGUUUGAAUUUGGAUUUGCUUUCUAAUAGGAUUUAUUUUGAGAGAGAGUUUAUUAAUAUUCCAAAUGUGCGCGAACCCUUAAAGGAAUUAAUCAGUUUACGUUUUAAAAUCCCAUUAAAAGAGGACAUUGCUUUGAAAAGCUUAGAUGUAUUAUAUUUUCAACAAAAGUCAAUUAACUGGAAUUUAAGCCGCGAAAAGAACCUAACAAAAGAGGAACAAUGUAUUUUACGCCUAACACAAAUUGCUGAUUUCGGAUUCUUUAUAUGCCGCAAUAAAAAAUUUGGCUAUCAUUUUUGUAAUACCAGCCGCAGAUUCAUUAGAUCUGUGAGUUGCUCGAAUAUAAAUAAAUUGCACUAUUCGACAAACAAGUUAGGCAAUAACUCUUUGCCGUUGGGAUGUGAAACUCGUGUUAGUAUUGCUUUGAAUACUGGUAUAAAUCGUGAGACUUUACUGGUGCGGAAAAACCAAGACUUAGUAAGACGAAGCUUGGCUGGUGAGGCAGCGGCUCUAGAAGAGAAAUCUCUAAGUACCAUUAAUGUCAAUAUAACUCCUUUCAUUGUUGUGGACACAACAGCUUUAAUCGAAUUCAGAAGCACCAUUGAAAAUUUGAUUGGAUUGCAGAAAUCAGUUGUGAUUGUGCCUAAAGCUGUUAUAAGUGAUCUUAAUUUCUUGAAAAAGAAAAAUUGGUCCGCGGUUGCUGCAAGACGUUGGAUAGAUCAACAAGUCAAUCUUAACAAUCAAUUUUUGCGCAUCCAAAAGGAUAAUGAAUGUUUGCAUAUACCAACUUUUAACGUACCUUCGAAAUUGCGCUAUGAAAGCAGAACUUUUGUUGCAAUGCUUAAUCUAUGCAAUUAUUUACUAUCCGCACGUUCCGAUUUGCAACCUCAGACAAGUGAUCAACAGCUUGUAACCAUUUUGUGUGCCGACUCCCUGACCCACAAACAAUCCCGCAUUAAGGAAUUUUCAAUAGUCUCGAUUAUGGAGCUUUUGUCUAUUCGUUACGAACAAGUUUUUGAUUUCUUCACUAGAGUUCAAGAUUCAAUUAAAUAA